UCGCGAAUUUCUUCAGUCUUUGUCUACCUUACUUGGAGGAUAAACCGAUUGUGCCCUCGCAGAACCUGUUAGGAAUGGUUGAAAUUUUUCGAUGUGUAAUACUUUUGCUUAUGUCAUGUCUCGUGGUUCAAGGUAAACACAUAUCGGAAACAAAAUGUUCCGAAUACCGUAGGCAAACCAUUUCCGUGUCUAGAAUUAUACCGCUUCUAUUAAACCCGAAACCUAUUACGUUUGAGAGCUUCAAAUGCAGCAAAACCAUCGAUCUUAUUGUGGGAGGAGAAUCUGCAAAACCGAACGAAUUCCCCCAUCAAGCGCUUCUUGGUUGGCGCUUUGACGAUAAUCCGGAGCAGUAUGAUUUCCGUUGUGGCGGAUCAUUGAUCUCCGAAGAGUACGUGCUAACAGCGGCCCACUGCUUCAAGGAGGGUGAUCCGGUAAUUGUCCGUCUAGGAGAGCACAAUCUUCAAGAUGACUACGACAAUCAACAUGACGUCGAAGUUGCUUUGAUUCAACGACACCCUGAGCACCGAUUUGGCAGCGUGUAUCAUGAUAUUGCGCUGGUUAAACUACAGGAAUUGAUCACGUUUUCCAAGGUCAUACGACCGGCAUGUCUUUGGACUGGCCUAGCCGUAAAUGUUUCAUCAGUGAUUGCCACCGGAUUUGGGCUUACUGACAUCGGUGACCAGAAAUCGAAUGUACUGCGUAAAGUAAUGCUGGACUUUCUAAAUAAGCAGGAAUGUUUGGACCAAGUUAAGAAUCAGAAGGGUUUCAAGAGAGGUGUAAUCGACGAACAGCUGUGUGUGGGAAGUAAACGCGGUGGAAGAGAUACCUGUCAGGGGGAUUCUGGAGGACCGAUACAGGUGAUCACGGAACCGAAGGGUUGCACUUAUCAUGUGCUGGGAAUCACAUCGACGGGCUCGGUAGGAUGCGGAGUAGGCAGAUCGCCGUCUGUCUAUACUCGAGUGGCAAGCUAUCUGGAUUGGAUCGAAGGAAUUGUGUGGAAGUGAUAAAUUUGAAAUCCAAAGUGUAACGUGGAAUUUACCAAGCCAAGUGUAACUAAUAAAAUGGAUUGAUACUAAAUAAUAA